GGUUCCACUCGCAGCUCCACUCCAGCUUUGCUGAUCUGUCUGAAGACCUCUGAGCCCACGGUGUUUCCAUCUUUGAGGUGGGAAGGGAUUUACCUGAAGCCCAAGACAACACAGGUCCUGGUCCCCUGUGCUGGGCCUGAAGAAGCAGGUGAUGAUCGGCACCAGGAGAACGAAGGACACCCUGGAAGCUCGUUGAUGAAGGAUAUCAUCCCCCUGGGGCCUGAGGAAUCUGCCAUGGAGGUGGUCUUGAAGAAGAUCCGGGAGCUCUCUGAUUCGGACCACCGAGACCCCUUCAUGGUGGCCGACCUGGGUGUGUUGGCCAGCCGCCACCAGGCCUUCUGCCAGGCCCUGCCAAGGGUCUCGCCCUUCUAUGCGGUGAAGUGUAAUAGCAGCCCCUGGGUGCUGCGUGUCCUGGCCGCCCUGGGCACCGGCUUCGACUGUGCCAGCCAGGUGGAGCUGGAGCAGGUACUAGGCCUGGGCGUGGCCCCCUCACGCAUCAUCUAUGCCCACCCCUGCAAGCCCGUCUCCCACCUGCAGUAUGCUGCCCGCCAUGGGGUGCAGCUCCUGACCUUCGACAGUGAGGAGGAGCUGACCAAGGUGGCCCAGCACCACCCUGGGGCCAGGCUGGUCCUUCGACUGUGGACCGAGGACAGCCAGAGCCUCAUCCCCAUGAGCGCCAAGUUUGGGGCCAGCCUGGAGCUGUGUGGACACUUGCUCAAGUCCGCCCGAGACCUAGGCCUGGCUGUGGUGGGAGCCAGCUUCCACGUGGGCUCAGGCUGCCAGAAUCCCCACAGCUUUGCACAGGCCAUCGCACACCGGCGAGUGUUUGAGAUGGGCCGUGGUGUCGGGCAUGACAUGAGCCUCCUGGACAUUGGAGGGGGCUUCCCCGGAGUGGAGGGCUCUGAGCCGGAGUUUGAGGAGGUAAGAGGGGAGGAGGAGAGGGCGCCUGGGGGCCCCAGCCUGGGUUUAUUGCACAGAGUGUGUGUUUGUGUACGGGGAGCUCUUGAAACUCAGUCCUGUGCCUGCAUGUAG